AUGUUAUUAGUCUUUGAACUCUACUUUUUAAAAUCACAGUUUAAACUUACUUUACAAAAAUAUUUAGCAGAAAAACCAGUGUACUUUCAUGCAAAAGGGUUUGUUCAUUAUUUUGGUAAAGAGAAAAAUCAUUUUUCUACAGAAAUAAACAAGUUUUGUGCGUUCUGUGUGACUUUCAAGUCUGUUAUAACUCUGGUUUCAACUAAUCACCUGAAAUAUAAAAAAUACGCAAACUUACGUCUCAUACUUCACCAAAGAGAUUAUUCCGGUAUAUUAAAACAGCACAACUGA